AUGAACCUUUUGAAAGCGCUCCGAUGUGCAGUACCCCGAGUGGAGGACGACGUGCCCGAGUUGGAGAUUGAGGUCCUAUCCCAGGCCUCUUCCAGCAGUCACAAUGACACUGGCAAGACCCGAAAACACAAGAAGCCAAAGGAAGAGAGAGCGAUGGCUCCACAAUCGCCCCAUCCAACAGAAGAGGAGAUUGCGCGUCAGGUCCGCUCCCGCCGCCGCCGACACGGACGUCGCCGAGGUGCUCAUCAGUUGUUCUGA